CCUGGUCCUCUGCAAAAGUAGGUUGCACUUUGAACCCGUUUCUUCAGCUCCUAUAUGUUUUGUUUUCUUUUCUCUGGAUCUUAAGUUUAAAUAUUUCUUUUUAUGUACAUUUGUAUUUUGACUACGUGUAUAUCUAUGUAAGGGUGUUGGAUCCCCUGGAACAAGAGCUACGGGUAGUUGUGAGCCGCCAUGUGGUCGCUGGGAAUUGAACCCUGGGUCUCUGGAAGAGCAGCCAGUGCUCUUAACCGCUGAGCCAUCUCCCCAUCCCCUAGUAUCUGGAUCUUUACACGAGGUGUUUAAGAAUGAACAUCCCCAGUUUAUAAAGAAAUGAGUGGAUACUAUGCCACAACAGCACCUGGCAGCGGCGUGCAGCCCUCACAGAGGUGUUCUGGAGGCAAAGGUGAUCCACUUGGGGUUAAAACUGUAGGAAGGAAGCAGAGGGGGUGGAUGUAGCACAGCACAGUUAUAGCUCCGUGUGCCUGGAGUUGUACACAGUGCAAAGUAAGGGUGGAUAGAGAUACAGAGCCAGAUAGCAUAAGGACUUGUGUGUUUUUAGUGUAAGCAGGCCAUCGUCAAACCAUCCCUGAGAGGAACAGAACACCAAGCUGCAGAAGGAGACUGUGCGCCACAACCGGCAUAGUUUGAGCAUAGGAGACCUCAAAGCCCACCCCCACCGUGAUGCACUUCCUCCAACAAGGCCACACCCACUCUGACAAGGCCACACCCACUCUGACAAGGCCACACCUACUCCAACAAGGCCACACUUGCUAAUAGUGUCUCUUCCCUAUGGGUCAAGCUUUCAAACGCAUGAGCCAUAUCUAUUCAACCUGCCACACCUAUUAUAUAUGUAUAUAAAGGUUUAUUUAUUUCCAUUGUAUAUGUGUGGGCGUUUUGCCUAAAUGUCUCCAGUUGACGUGCAUGCAAUGCCCAUAGAGGCCAGAAGAGGGCAUCCGAUCUCCCUGGAAUCGUCAUGCCAGUGCUGGGAACCAAAGCCAGUCUUUUGUAAGAGCAGAAUGUGCUCUUAACAACUGAGCUAUCUCACAUAGUAUGUUUUUUUUUCCCUCCAAGAAACAAUAUGUAUUUAAGGAGGAUAUGAGACAAAACCCACGUGUCUGCAGUUCACCUGAGCCCAAGGAAAGAGAAAAUCUAUUCAUUACUAAGAAAUAAGACUAUUUCUAAAUCACAGUGCGCAGACAAACGUCAGCAGCGUUCUUAAAUGUGCUAAUACACAUUCCACAGAAGGCAGCAGGCAUACAGAAACAGUCAGAGAACUUGUUGUUCUCACGGAUUAUGAGUUCAAUGUGCUUGUACGCAUUUUGAAGAGCAAUUUCUGGAUCUAAUAUAAUUAGCAAAUGGGUAGAUAGGCUUGAAUAAAUAUUGAAGGAAUAUUUAGUAUCUGUGUAGUGCACACAAAAUGUUCGUGAUAAUGUGGUCAUUGUCUGCUGUAAACAUUUGAUAACACAGCAAACAGGAUAUAUGGAAAACCAGUGGUUGGAGACAGAGAAACUUUCUUCCUGGGUCCCAAGAAGUUAACUAAUGUAACAAUCUCUUCCUACCCCUCCCCCACCUCUCCUUUUCGGAGGCAGAUAUAUUGCAUAUGUGUACGCAUUCAGAUAAAGUCCAGAAGACAACCUUGGCCCUUGGCUAUUAUCCUUAGAAACGUUGUCCAUCCACCUCCCUAGAGACAAGGUCUCCUAUUGGUUGGAUCAUUAGUAAGGCUAGGCGGGCUAGCAGCAAACCCCAGGGAAUCUUCCUGCCUCCCUCCCCCCUCAUCACUAUGAAUUUAUCCCCCAAAGCCAAUACUCCUGACAUUACAUGGGUUCGGGGAAUCGAACUCAGUUCCUAAUGCUUGCAAGGUAAGGACUUUACUUGGCGAGCCUCCCCAGGCUGAGAAUACAAUCUCUCAAUAUUAUGCUUUCUAACGUUAGAACUGUGGUGCAAGCAGCAUGCACGCAAUGCAGUAUGGGUAAAAAUCCAGACGCACCCUCUUACCCUGAAAAUAGUCACAUUGCUCCAUUGCCACGUGUAGAUUCAGCUUUAAAAAAAAAAUCCAGGAAAGGCUUUGAGACAGCAGCUUAUCCUACUUGUGUGUUUAUUUCUGUAAUUUAGGAAAUUCUUUUCUGCUCCAUCUUCUCCGAGCUGGCCUUUAUACUGUUUUUUAUUUAAAGUACUCUUGAGAAUCCACUCUCCUAUUGUGAAUUUAAUCCAAAAGGGGAAAAAAAAUUUUAAAGCCCAGUACUGGUCUGGUAGUUGCUAACGUUCCAGUCUGUCCAGCCAACCAUUUGCAACCACAGAUUCCCUGCUGAGGAACUGGCGGGAGGCAGAGAAAGAAAAAAACCAGUCCAGGAGUGCAAGCAGAGAGCGUUUGGCAGCCAGUCUGAGCCCUCAGAAGAAUUCUCUUCAGAAACCGGAGCAAAACAGAACCGUCUGUGAUAAGGAAAAUCAAAACCAAGAUGUAGCAGCGACUCGAAAGAAGAAAUGUGACUUCUCCUCCGGGACACAGAUCUCUGGAUGAAAUUUUUGAAGAUUUCUGCUUCAGCUUUCCUCAGAACUUUCACAUCUACUUCCUUGAAGUCCUUUAAAAAAAAUAAACAAGUCAAAAUGAGGAAGAGACGCUUGAGACUGGGUCAGCAAAUGUGGGCUCUUCUCUGCAAGAACUGGCUCAGGAAGUUCAGGAUGAGAAGAGAGACGCUCCUGGAAUGGCUUCUCUCAUUUCUCCUAAUACUGUUGGCAUAUCAAUUAUCCUCCAAUUUGCAUCAAGUUCACGACGCUCCUGAAAUGUCUAUGAUGGAUCUGGGACGUGUUGAUGACUUUAACGAUUCUAAUUAUAUUAUUGUGUUUGCUCCUGAGUCUGAAACCACCCAUGAGAUAAUGAACAUAGCGGCCUUAGCUCCAUUCAUGAAAGGAAGGACAAUCGUGGCGUGUCCUGACGAAAGCAGCAUGAGUGAACUCAAUUUAAACUAUUCAAUAGAUGCAGUGAGAGUCAUCUUUAAGGAUACGUUCUCAUAUCAUUUGAAAUUUUCAUGGGGUCAGAGGAUCCCUAAGACGAAAGAACACAAAGACCACACAGCUCCUUGUGAACCAUUCAAGAACAAAAUGGUUUGUGAAAAUUCAGUCUUCUGGGAAAAGGGCUUUGUAGCCUUUCAGACUGCCAUUAAUGCUGGCAUCAUAGAGGUGACAACAAACCACUCGGUGAUGGAAGAGCUGAUGUCAGUGAUUGGUUCGGUUAUGAAGAUGCAGCCUUUUAUUGCCCAAGGAGGAGUCGCCACUGACUUCUUUAUUUUCUUCUGUGUUAUUUCCUUUUCUUCAUUCAUAUACUAUUUAUCAGUCAACGUUACCCAGGAAAGGCAAUCCAUUACAACAUUAAUGGCGAUGAUGGGUCUUCGAGAGUCUGCUUUCUGGCUUUCCUGGGGUCUGAUGUACGCUGGCUUUAUCCUUGUUGUGGCUACUUUGAUGUCUCUUAUUGUGAAAUCCACCCAAGUUGUCGUCUUAACUGGUUUCAUGGUGGUGUUCCUCCUGUUUCUCCUUUAUGGCCUGUCUUUGAUAACUUUAUCUUUCCUCAUGAGUGUGUUGUUAAAGAAACCAUUUCUUACUGGCUUGGCUGUCUUCCUCCUUACCGUCUUCUGGGGAAGCCUGGGAUUCACAGCAUUGUACAAACAUCUUCCUGCUUUUAUGGAAUGGAUAUUGUGUUUUCUUAGCCCCUUUGCCUUUAUUAAUGGAAUGGCCCAGCUUAUACAUUUGGACUAUGAUGUGAAUUCUAAUGUAAAUUUGAACUCUCCAAACAACUCGUACCUAAUCCUGGCCACCCUCUUCAUGUUGGUUUUGGAUGCUCUUCUCUAUUUGGCACUGGCAUUGUAUUUUGACAAGAUUUUACUCAGUAAGUACGGACAUCAGCGUUCUCCGUUGUUUUUCCUGAAGUCAUCUUACUGGUUUCAACGCAGAGGAGCUGAUCAUGUGGUCCUUGAGAAUGAAAUAGACUCUGCUCCUUCACUCAAUGACUCAUUGGAACCCGUGUCUCCAGAAUUCCAGGGGAAAGAAGCUAUCAGGAUCAAAAAUCUUAGAAAGGAAUAUACAGGAAAGCAUGGAAAAGUAGAAGCCUUAAGAGGUCUGGGAUUUGAUAUAUACGAAGGCCAGAUCACUGCCCUUCUUGGUCAUAGUGGAGCUGGGAAAACCACCCUGAUAAACACACUCAGUGGACUGUCACCUCCUACUACAGGCUCCAUCACCAUUUAUAAUCAGACAGUUUCAGAGACGGAGGACUCCUACGCUGUCCCCAAGCUCACUGGAGUUUGCCCACAAUCCAACAUACAGUUUGGUUUCCUCACUGUGCAGGAGAAUCUCAGGCUUUUUGCCAAGAUAAAGGGAAUUCUGCCGCAGGAAGUGGAGCAAGAGGUACGACAAGUUUUACGGGACUUAGAAAUGGAAAAUAUCCAAGACACUCUUGCUCAGAAUUUAAGUGGAGGACAAAAAAGGAAGCUGACUUUUGGGAUCGCCAUUUUAGGAGACCCCCAGGUCUUGCUACUGGAUGAACCAACCGCUGGGUUGGACCCGCUCUCAAGGCAUCACAUUUGGAACCUACUGAAAGAGCGGAGAUCAGGCAGAGUAAUUGUCUUUAGUACUCAGUUCAUGGAUGAAGCUGAUAUCCUGGCUGACAGGAAGGUGUUUAUAUCCAACGGGAGACUGAGGUGUGCAGGCUCUUCUCUGUUUCUGAAGAAGAAAUGGGGCAUCGGCUAUCACCUAAGUUUGCAUUUGAAUGAAACUUGUGAUCCAGAGAGUAUAACAUCACUGGUCAAAAAGCACAUACCGGACGCCAGACUGACUGCACAAAGCGACGAACAGCUUGUCUAUAUCUUGCCCCUGGAAAGGACAAACAAGUUUCCAGACCUUUACAGGGACCUUGACAGAUGCUCUAACCACGGCAUUGAGGAUUAUGAUGUUUCCAUGACAACCCUGAAUGAGGUGUUCCUGAAGUUAGAGGGGAAGUCCAUGGCUGAGGAACCGGACGCUGGAGUUUGUGGUCGCUUGCUAAGCGAUGGGGCAAAAGAUGUGGAAAGCCUUGUUGAGCUGGAGCGAGUGUUGCCUCUCGAUUCAUCAGGGAGCUCAGUGAGCGGCAUGGCGCUGUGGAGGCAGCAGCUCUGCGCAGUCGCGAAGGUCCGCUUCCUCAAGCUCAAGAACGAACGAAGAAGUCUGAUGACCAUGUUAUUGCUUUUUGGCAUUAGCUUUGUGCCCCAACUUUUGGAACAUCUAGUCUACAAGGUAUACCACAAAAGUUACUCGUGGGGGCUGUCUCCAAGUAUGUAUUUCCUUUCACCAGGACAGUUACCACAGGAUCCUCUGACCCACUUACUGGUCAUCAAUAAAACAGGUUCAAGCAUUGAUAACUUUAUACAUUCACUAAGACAGCAGGGCAUAGCAUUAGACGUGGAUGCCCUGGGGACCAGAAAUGGCAAAGAAGAGGCUCUGUACAAUGGUGCUGUCACAGUGCUGGGUGACGAGAAGGACCUCAGAUUUUCUGUAGCGUGUAAUGCCAAAAGACUAAACUGCUUUCCAGUCCUCGCGGAUAUCCUUAGCAAUGGGCUGCUUGGAAUUUUUAACUCUUCAGAGCGCAUCCAGACCGACAGAAGCACAGUCUUUGAAGACCAUAUGCUUUAUGAGUACGGAUUCAUGAGCAAUGCAUUUUUCUGGAUACCAGUGGCUGCCAGCCUCACCCCUUACAUUGCGAUGGGCAGCAUCAGCGACCACAAAAAAAAAGUUCUUUCCCAGCUGUGGACUUCAGGCCUUUACCCAUCUGCUUACUGGUGUGGGCAGGCUCUGGUGGAUAUUCCCAUAUACUUCCUGAUUCUCCUCCUCAUGCAAAUAAUGGACAGUGUUUUCAGUUCGGAGGAGAUCAUGUCUGUGAUUGAGAGCCUGUUGAUUCAAAUACCGUGCAGUAUUGGAUAUGCGUCAUCGCUCAUAUUCUUGACAUAUGUGAUUUCAUUCGUUUUUCGUAAUGGCAGAAAAAAUAGUGGCAUCUGGUCAUUUUUCUUCCUAAUUGUCACCAUCUUCUUCAUAGUUGCUACCGACAUAAAUGAGUAUGGCUUUCUACAGCUGCUCUUCUGUACCCUUUUAAUACCUCCCUUCACACUGAUUGGCUCUCUAUUAAUUUUUUCUGAGGUCUCUUACGACUCCGUGGAUUACUUAGGAUCAUCAGAAUCUCAACUUGUAUUUCUGGCAUUGCUGAUACCUUACCUUCAUUUUCUCCUUUUCUUUUUCAUCCUGCGAUGUCUGGAAAGAUACAUCAGGAAGAAGACGCUGAGAGUGGACCCUGUGUUCAGGAUUUCUCCGAGAAGCUGCCGUGCUUUUCCAAACCCAGAAGAUCCUGGAGAAGAGGAUGAAGAUGUUCAGAUGGAAAGAGUGAGAACGUCGGGCGCCAUGACAACCCCACAGAUGGACGAGAAACCAGUCAUCAUCGCGAGCUGUCUGCGGAAGGAAUAUACAGUCAAAACGAAAAGGUGCUUUUCCAAAACGAAGAAAAAGAUUGCCACAAGGAACAUCUCCUUCUGUGUCAAAAAAGGUGAAGUCCUAGGGCUCUUAGGACACAAUGGAGCUGGCAAAAGUACAACCAUUAGUAUGAUAACGGGAGACACAGUACCAACCGCAGGUCAGGUGUUUUUGAAAGGGAGUAGUGGCAGUGCUGCCCUCGGGUUCUUGGGGUACUGCCCUCAGGAGAAUGUGCUGUGGCCCAACCUGACCGUGAAGGAACAUCUGGAGGUGUAUGCCGCUGUGAAGGGGCUGAGGAAGAAGGAGGCUAUAGUCACCAUCACACGGUUGGUGAAUGCCCUCAAACUGCAGGACCAGUUGAAAGCUCUUGUCAAGACCCUGUCAGAGGGAGUGAAGAGAAAGCUUUGUUUUGUGCUGAGCAUCCUGGGGAACCCUUCUGUGGUGCUGCUGGAUGAGCCGUCAACUGGGAUGGACCCCGAGGGGCAGCAGCAAAUGUGGCAGGCGAUCCGGGCCACUUUUACAAACACAGAGAGGGGCGCCCUCCUGACCACCCACUACAUGGCAGAGGCUGAGGCUGUGUGUGACCGAGUGGCCAUCAUGGUGUCUGGGAGGCUGAGGUGUAUUGGUUCUAUCCAACAUCUAAAGAGCAAAUUCGGCAAAGAUUACCUGCUGGAGAUGAAGUUGAAGACCCCGGCUCUGGUGGAGUCGCUCAACACGGAGAUCCUGAGGCUCUUCCCCCAGGCUGCUCGGCAGGAAAGGUACUCUUCUCUGAUGGUCUAUAAGUUGCCUGUUGAGGAUGUACGACCUUUGUCCGAGGCUUUCUUCAAAUUGGAGAGACUGAAAGAGAACUUUGACUUGGAAGAAUACAGCCUCUCACAGUCCACUCUGGAGCAGGUCUUCCUGGAGCUCUCCAAGGAGCAGGAGCUGGGUGAUUUCGAUGAGGAAGGCAGUUCCUCAGUGAAGUGGAAGCUCCUCCCACAGGAAGAGCUUUAAAGUUCUAAAUACUCUGUAUCUUCCAGCUCACGUCCCUCUUAAAGACAGUAUUUAAAAGCAUCAAUGUGCCUUACUUACAUCAAAUGUAACACUAAAUACUUUUGAAACACACACACACACACACACACACACACACACACACACACACACACACACGUAUGUGAUGGCCAAUGUGAUGUAGAACACACAGCCAGACUAUGCUCAAUCAAGUCACACUGAAAGCAGUGUGGAGUCUUAAACUGUUUUCAAUGGUGCUGAUGCUUCUGAGCGUGGCAAAGAGCUGGAUUGAUUUUCUUUACCUGAAUUUCAAAACAGUAACUAUUUUCUUUCCUCCAUGUCUAGGUAAGGUAUAAUUUAAACAAUAUUGAUUUUAGGGAGAAGGGAAUCCAUUGGUUUCUCAACCGCACAGUAUUUGGGUUUUUUUUUUUUUUUUUUUUUUUUGUAAAUCACCCUGACCUGUUCACUCAUUGGUUCUUCUUUUCUCAUAGUUUGCAGAGUGUGGGUUGUGGAGAAAUGUUUUGUCCAUUGUGACUGCAAAAGCAAUUUCAAACCGGUGGACGUAAACACUUGCGACCAUUAAAUGCCUGUGUGAAUAUUUACAUAUGAAUCAGAAACAUUUCUGAAAUUUGUUUGGUAAAAAAAAAUGAUGCAAGUGGUGGGGAGGGGUACCCUUAGGUGCAAGGACCAACUUUGUGUGUCUUUAUUAACCAAGUCUGUGAAUGCUACAACCUCUCUACUGCAACAUCAGUACAGUCUCCCUGGACUCUUAGUGAGGAGAUUUUUGUUGUUACUACUAUUAUUGCUACUAAAUAAACAAACAUUCACAGGCAGUUCCAUGGAAAGAUUUCCUUGAUGCUAGGGCUGUAACUUCAGAGUGUAUGUGAACAUAAACUGUCCUCAAUUUGGAAGAAUUCUCUAGUAGAUUUUUGAGCAAAGGUGCCAAGCCUCUCAUUUUAAAAAGAGACAUUACUGCUGGCUCUGCUGAUGUACUUGGCUUUAUACACUACAAAUUAAUCAAUUCAAGCCAAUGCGUUAAAAUUGCUUUAUUUGGGUACCCAUCGUCAAGUGCGAUACCCAGAGUUUGAUCCUUGGGCGGGACCCAAAUUUUGGAAGGAGAGAACCAUCCCUCAAGUUGUUUUCUGACUUCCACAUACUUGCAUGCCGCGCCUGCAGCAGAGAUAACCGAGCUCCGGGACAGACAUGACGCCUGAGUGGGAGCCGGUUCGAGGGUUCGCACCACACGUGGUUAAGCCCCCUGCUUGCAUGCGGCGGACUCCAAGAAGAUGUGCACCUGGACUUGCCCCCUGCUGCAAACUUGUCUCUGGGCUGAUGGGCAUCUGGGUCAUGGGAAAGAUCGUUGUCAGCACUUAUUUCUUUAUUUUUUCUUUGUUUGAUUCUGAAUAUGAUCUUGACAAGACAGAGACUUCCUUUAAUAAUAGGACAGAAGGUCGUGAUCUAUUUUUGAUCACUAAUACCACAAGCUUUCCUGCUCCUCUUUACAGCAGACAGAGCCUCUGAUGACAGGGACUCCAAGGUUGCAGAUUAUGUCUUCUCUUAUAGAUAAGGAAAUAUAAGAUUUAGCAAAGAAUUAUACUUAUAAGGAUAGUGAUGCUUCUUCUAUUAGGUGUUGGUAGAACUGUUGAGAAAUGAUUCCUUGAGCUUUGGGUCGGCUAUGAAUAUUUUACAGAGUAUAGAAACAGGUGGUGGCAACCAGGUACUUACAGGGGACCAUAUGUGCAUCGACCAACGGAUGCUCCAUUACCAUAUACUGGAGAAUAUGAUUUAAAUUUUGAUAGGUGGGUUACUAAGGAUGGAUAUAGGGUCAGGUAUUUGUCACUGCCUUGGUCAGAAAGAUUGGCAAGAGCCCGUCCUCCUUGGUGUGUGCUCUCAGAAGAAGAGAAAUGAGAGGUAAGGUCACAGAUCAUCAGAUACUUUAGACAGGGAUCAGACAUACAAUAUUAUUGCCCCAAGCCUUGGAUGUACAUCUAUAGGACUAACAAAGAUGGGAUCAAAGGGUUAGCGAUAGAACUAGAUACACAGACCUGAUGGCGUAAGAUAUGCCAGACUUGCGGUCCCCUGAAACUUCCUCCUUGAUGUGACAAACGGAAAACUAGACUAGGCUGGCUGACUGUGGCUCGUCUGAAAAAAAAACAAGCUAUACCUUUUUGCAAAAAAAUCAAAUGUUCUUGGCCAUGGUCCAAGAUUGUUAUACAAUAAAAAUUGUAUAUAAAUGUCUGAUGCUCUCUCAGUAAAGUUGCAACAGCUGACCACA